AUCUCUCCCAAGAGAAAACACUUGCUCUCUUCUUCCAAAUCUCCCCUAUUAACCUCUCUUCUUCUUCUUCUUCUUUUUCUUCUUCCUCCUCCUCCUCCUCAUCUCUCUCUCUCUCUCUCUCUCUCUCUCUCUCUCUCUCUCUCUCUCUCUCUCUGAGAAUCUGGGACAGGCAGGUACUCUCCCAAGAGAAAAUGAGCAGUAACAUAAGCAUGGUGGAGGCAAAUUUGCCACCUGGUUUCAGGUUCCACCCCAGAGAUGAAGAACUGGUCUGCGAUUAUCUGAUGAAGAAGGUGACUCACUGCGGCUCCACUCUCAUGAUCGAAGUCGACCUCAACAAGUGUGAGCCAUGGGACAUUCCUGAUAGUGCAUGUGUCGGAGGAAAGGAAUGGUAUUUCUACAGUCAGCGUGAUCGGAAAUAUGCGACAGGGCUUCGAACUAAUCGGGCAACUGCAACUGGGUAUUGGAAGGCCACUGGAAAAGACAGGCCAAUCUUUCGCAAAGGAACAACCCUAGUGGGUAUGAGGAAAACCUUGGUGUUCUACCAGGGUAGGGCUCCCAAAGGCAGAAAAUCCGACUGGGUGAUGCAUGAGUUCAGGUUUGAAGGUCCCUAUGGUCCUCCCAAAGUAUCUUCAGUCAAGGAAGAUUGGGUUCUAUGCAGAGUGUUCUACAAAAACAGAGAUCUAAUUGCUGCCAAACCCAGAAUGGGAUCAUCGAUUAGCUGCUACGAAGAUGACACUGGCUCUUCGUCUCAUAAUCUCCCAGCUCUGAUGGACUCUUACAUCAGCUUCGAUGGCCCAACUCAUCAACAGCAACAUCACCAUGAUAAUGAGUAUCAUCAUCACCAGCAAGUGCCCUGCUUCUCCAUUGACACACUGUUCUCUCAAAACCAAGUGACUAACAACCCAAAUUUCACCACUCUAAAUGGCAACAUUAUGGACCAGAACGGACCCUCCACCGGCUGCGGCGAGUUGUCGAAUGCAGGGACAACUACAUUCCAUGACACUGCUAAUUUUUCAUCUGACAAUAGGAAGGUACUGAAAGCUGUUUUGAGUCAUCUAACCAAGAUGGAAGGCAGCUGCUACCCCAAUACGCCGUCGUCUGUCUUCAAAGGCUCGUCACCACCAAGCUUCGGAGGAGAAGCUGCUGGAAGUAGUUCGGAAAACUACCUGUCUGAUCAUCAACUUGGUAUGCCCAGUGUUUGGAGUCACUAUUGAUUGGUAAUUAUUGGUCGCUUCAAGUACGUAGAUUCAAUCAAUCAAACGUUAAACGAUUAUUGUAAAGUCAAAUACGUUUAGAAAGUAUGACUGGAACUGCUAAAAGAUGCAUAUGCAUAGAAAUUGCAUGGAAUUAGCAAUUAAUUUGCCUGUAGUGGUUUAACUUCGUGUAUCUCGUUCGCGCGGUAGCAUUUCGAUCUAAGUCCUUGGUUGCAUUAUAAAUUUAAGGGUUCGUAUUUCUGUAUAAUUCAUCCUUAAAUUUAUAAUAUAAAUUGAGCUAGUAAAGAAAAGACGAGACAAUUAGUGAAUCGAACCAAUUUAUUUGCUCAAGUAUUGCACUGGAAUUGUUAUUGCAAUAUUAAAAUUGUCAGUCCUAUGUUAAU